UGUGGUGGUGGUCCUGGUGAGGGAGGUGACGGCUCAGUGCAACACAUCACCUCUCUCUCCUCAGCCAGACACAUCUUCUUGUUAAUUCUCUGGUUGCGUCACGCCACCACACCAUGCUUCCUAGUGGUGAUCCCAGCUGAUUUCAGAAAAAUAACAUGGCAGAAGGCAGCGGUGGCCGGCAUCCCAGGCGGGGGGUGGGUUAUUAUAACCUCAGCUAUCCCCCACCAUUAGUCCCCUAUCCACCUGUACCAAUGGCCACAUACCAAGGACCACCCCAGGAGAUGUAUAUGCCAUCAUUCCAGAGAGGCAUGCAGUAUACUCAGUACCAGGAUAAUACUCCAUAUCCUGGCAACUCCCACUUCUCUGCUGGUGCACGCUAUGAAGCCAACACCCACUAUCACGGCAAUAAUCAGUAUCAAGGAAAUGUGCCAUUCCAGGAUAGGACUAAUAUGCAGUACCAGUCCAACUGUGUGAUGCCAAGCAACACCACAACCCAUGUACCUUUUGACAAUAACUACUCAAAUUUUAAUGCCAACCAUACUCCUAUGUCUCCCAGUGCAGAGUAUUGUUCUGAGGGCAGCAGGCAAUACAGCCCAGGAGAGCAGAGUUCAAGGCAUGGGUUUAGUGUAGAUGCAAGUGUGAAUUACCUUACUGUUAACCCAGAGCAGAUUGGAUCUUCCAGGGCUGAAGUGAAUGGUGCUUCAGUUAAUGGUCCCACUGAAGAAAAGGCAGCUAAUGUUGAAAGAGACGUUGAAAAAAUCCCAAGAUCUUCUACCAAUUAUUUCUCUAAUAGUGCACCUGUAGAGGAUAAUUCAACCAGUAAUAAUGCCAAUGAAAAUUUUGUUCAUGGUUUUUAUGGUGAUAAAGUUGGUCAGGGGAAUUCAAGUGACGGCGGAGUCAAGUCAAAGGGAUCAACACGGGGGCGUGGAGGACAAGGACGACGAGGCAGUAGGAGGGGUUAUGGAGGAGAUAAGUCUGGCCAAGUUUACAGUAACACACAAAACUCCAGUAAUAAUUAUGGCAGGUACGAUAGUCGAGCCAACAAUGCAGAUGAGAGGAGGCGCGAUCGAGACACUGCCCUUGUGGAGACAGCCGCAUUUAUGAAAAACUUAAGUAUUAUGAAAGGAGGUACAGGUAAUGUAAACCCCAAGGAAGAUAAUAUUAAUAAUGAAAGGAGAAGUAGAGGUGGUUGGGGAAGACAGGACCGAGGAGGAGCACGUGGAGGAGGCAGCAGGCGUCAACAAAGGGACUAUUUCGGUGAAGAGAAGCAAGGGAAAGAAUGGAUGAAUCGGCAAGUGAGGACAGAUGACGAAAAGGGUCACAGUGAAGUACAUAAUAGAUAUCUCGAACAGAAUGACAUUUACGAUAAGCCACAGAGAAAUGACAGGUCCAGCAAUCGUGGUCGGGGAAAGUGGCGAAAUUAUGGCCAAGAUGGAGGCAGGACUUUCGAAAACAAUGAACGUAGUUGGGAGACAAACAAGGUCCAUGAUCCGGACGAGGGUAAGGCAGUUAACUUUAGACAGACGGCAAGCGUUAAGCCAACUAGGGGAGGUGGUCGAGGAAGACAAGAUAAAAGACUUUGGGGUAACAGUGAUAGUAGCAGCAGUCCUAGCAGUGAUCCUGGUAGUAGGAACGCUAAGAAAGAGAACCAGUCGGCGAAGGAAGACAGUUCGACGUCCUCCUGCAGUCCCGUGACCGGAGGUAACGAGGACGAGGAGACGCAGCGCGACCGCUUAAUGGAACAGCUAAUGAAGGGAGCGUAUGAAUGUAUGGUGUGCUGUGACCGCAUCAAGCAGCAGCACGCUAUAUGGUCGUGUGUCAACUGUUAUAACUGUUUCCACCUGGGAUGCAUUAAGAAGUGGGCCAAAAGUUCUACUGGGGAUACUGGUUGGAGAUGCCCUGCCUGCCAAGGCUCUACCCCAAAGGUCCCAAAUGCUUACAGAUGCUUCUGUGCAAAAAUGCGAGAACCUGAGUGGAAUCGACGUGACAUGGCUCAUUCCUGUGGAGAGAUAUGUGGCCGGAAUCGCAAGAUUGAAUGGUGUAAACACAAAUGUAAUAUCCUUUGCCAUCCAGGACCAUGUCCACCUUGCUCAGCCUUUAUUAAAAGGUUGUGUCCCUGUGGAGCAGAAACCCGUGAAGUAAAGUGUAGCGUGACAGAACCAUUUAUCUGUGAUGGAGUGUGUGGGAAGUUACUCAACUGUGAGGGCCACACAUGCGAGAAAUCCUGCCAUAAAGGACAAUGUGUAGACUGUGAACACCAGAUCCAACAAAGAUGCCAUUGUGGAAAAGAGAGUCGUGAAGUUUCCUGCACCAAAGAAACAUUCAGCAUAACUGAGUACGGAUGUGAGGAGAAAUGCCGCCGCCUCUUGGAGUGUGGUAAUCAUUAUUGUGAGGUAUUGUGUCACCCAGGGGACUGCCAACCAUGUAAGAGAGCAGUCAAUACCAUCACACGCUGUCCCUGUGGCAAAGUCCCCUUAGAGAAAUUGUAUGAACGAGAUGGAGCAAUUCAACGAAAGUCCUGCACAGAUCUCAUACCCACCUGUAGCCAACCAUGUCAGCGGAUCCUCAAGUGCGGUGUGCCAGGAUCAUAUCAUGAGUGUCAGGCACUGUGCCAUGAAGGCCCAUGCCCAUCAUGUCCUCUGGAAACUCCAGUCAAAUGUCGUUGUGGUGCUAUGGACCGCAAUGUAUUGUGCUCUGAAUUGACAGCUAAAGCUGAUGAAGUAACUUGUAAGAAGCCAUGUAAAAAGAUGCGUCACUGUAGCCGACAUAAAUGCGCCACCAGAUGCUGUAUAGAUGUGGAUCACUUGUGCACUCUGGUGUGUGGGAGAAUGUUGAGCUGUGGACUACAUAAGUGUGAGGAACCAUGUCACCGUGGCAACUGUCCAAGAUGCUGGCAAACAAGUUUUGAGGAGCUUACCUGUCACUGUGGGGCAUCUGUGAUUUACCCACCUGUGCCUUGUGGAACCAAACCCCCAGCCUGUGAAAAUCCAUGCCGCCGCUCCCAAAACUGUCCUCAUGAAGCAUCCCACCUCUGCCAUCCAGAUGAACCCUGCCCCCCUUGCACAAUGCUUGUAGAUAAGCAAUGUUUUGGAAAUCACAAGCUCAUGCGCCGCACCCUCUGCUACUUGACCGCUGUUUCAUGUGGAGGCGUUUGUGGCUUUCCCUUACCGUGUGGAUUACAUAAGUGUCAGCGUGUAUGCCAUGAGCGUCCAUGUGUACCAGAAGGAACGUUGUGUAUACAAAAGUGUUUAAAGCCUCGAGACACCUGUGGUCAUCCCUGUGCUAACCCCUGCCAUUCUGGGCUAUGUCCAGACACAUCCUGCAAGGAGAUGGUUAAAAUUUCUUGUGAAUGUGGGCAUCGCAAGGCGACUCUGCAGUGCUCAGAUAAUGAUAGGGAGUAUCGCACUCUUGCUACUUCCUUAUUGGCCUCCCAGAUGCAGAACAUGAACAAUGGAUGCUCUGUUGACUUGUCUGAUAUAUUUACUGCUACCGCAAGACCUGACAAGCUCAAAAGAUUGCCAUGUAAUGAGGAGUGUCAGACAGCAGAGCGCAACCGACGAUUGGCUUUGGCACUGCAAAUAGAGAACCCUGAGGCCCGAGAGAAGCUUGGUCACUCGAAUAUCCUCUACUCGGAUUUCAUGAAGGAUGAGGCUCGUAAGGAUCCAAAUCUUGCCAAGAUGGUUCAUGAUGCACUAACUGAUUUGGUCUUGAAGGCCAAAGAGUCCAAACAAAAAAGUUGCAUCCAUUCAUUUGCUCCAAUGAACCGAGAAAAACGUCAAUUUGUCCAUGAAUAUUGUGAGCAUUUUGGAUGCCAAAGUCAAUCAUAUGAUGAAGAGCCCAAGAAGAAUAUAGUUGCCACAGCUGUACGGGGAAUGUGUUACCUGCCGCCUGUGAGUGUGUUGACUCUCACACUUCGAGAGCAAGGCCAAAGGAAGGUUCCUGCUCCUGUCUGGACUCUGAAGCCUACGGUCAGUGACAACCGACAAGGAAUGCAAAAGCUAGAAAAGUCGAACACUAAGAAGGAGAGUGAAUCUACAGCCAACAAACCACCACCCAUAGAUUACUUUGAUUUUGAUGAAUAGUGGAAGUCGCUCUAUUCUGGUGAGUGGUAUGCAUAGUAUUCUAAACAAAUCAUCUCACAAUGAUGUGCUUUCUUUAUAAGAGGGCAAAUUAUUUUCAAUAUUUCAGAAAAUAUUUCUACUGUAUUACUGUACAGCCCAAGUGCCUUCUUCCACUGUACUGUACUGUAUACUGGGAAAAGGUUUUCAGGCAACACACACACACACACACAGUAGAAUCUAGAAGUGAUGGGCAACCUAGGCUAGUGAGGGGGCCGCGUGAGUGGCCCCACUUCAUCUCGGUAGGUCACAAGAUUGAAUUUUGGUACAUGCACUGACCAUGACCCCACAGAUAACCAUAAAUACAUUUAAAGCAGGCCAAAUAUUUCUUAAUGAGUUAAGAAAAAGUUUAUCACUUAAUAGAAUUGUCAUCAGCUUCAAAUAAUAAAAGCAAAAGAAACAAGUAACCUAACCCACAUGUGGCCCACAGGUUGCCUACCUCUGAUUUAGAACCUCUCCACUUCGAAAGUCUUGGGACCAAGACCUCUUCGGAUAGCUGAUCUUUUUAAGAUUCCUGUUAUAAAUUGAUUUGGGAUCUUGAAAUUUAUGGUGUAUUAUAAUAUCAGCAGUGUACUGUAUAUGGUACUCAAGUGUAAUGCUAACUGUACAGUACUGUUCAAGGGAGAAUGAAAACACAUUUUAAUUAUUGAUACAGUAUAAGGAAAAAUCCAUGUUAAAUAUACUGUAGUAUUUAUUUGUGCACCGCAGAACUAAAUACUGUGUCUACGUAUAUAUAAAUUAAGGCACAUUUAUAAAUGAGUGGCGGUGGCAGCAAAUGGUGUUAGUGGCUGUAUUGUUGCCAUUUAGUACAUAGUGUAAAUGCACAUGGCAGUCAAGUGUACUCACCUCUGUGCAGUACUUUUAAAUGGAGAAUGAAGACAAUGUAAUAAUCAUUAUUGUAACAGAAAAUCUAAAUUCACUACAAGGUGUCUUCACUUCAAUUAGUUUUGUUUCAUUAUGGCAUUGCUGGUUUAUUAAGUUCCUCUUAGCUAUGUGAAGUGCAACUACAUUGUCAUGCAGAGGGAGGAUUCUUAAUGUUCCUACCUCACUCUGCAUGUUCAUCCAUCAAGUAGUGCUUUUGCAUUGCAGUUCUUGGAUAUACAGUAUUCCCUUUAUUAUUUUUCCAAAUGUACAGUCCUGUGAACUACGAUAGGAUGAGUGCAAAAUGUCCAUCCCAACAAAAAGAACAUUUUUAAGUUUGGGUCCUAAGUUAGGGCAUUUUGAUGCUGGGUAAAUGAAAUGCGUGACAAAACUGAAAUUGACAGGUAGUUGGGAGGAAAUGAGCAUUGAUGGUCUUGGAGAGGAGUGGGAAUAGGGACUGUUGGUGGGCUCAUAGGAAUAGGUGUUACUGGCCAAAAAAUUUCAUCUAAUCUGGCUCCAAGUUACCCUUUUCCUCCCCCUCCUUUUUUUUUAACUUAUUUUUCUAUUAUAAAUUUUUUUAUUUAACAUUUUAUAAAUCUUUCAGUUUACCUGAGGCUUUUGAAUAUGUGCUGGUCCAGUUGACCAUAGGAAAAUUAGGGUAUCGAAGAUAGACCAAAUAGGUACCAGUACCUCUUUUUGAGGAAGAGGAUAUUGCUCCAAGAUUAUUUUAUUUACCUUCUGGAAUAUGUAGGAUCUUUCUCAGGAAAAUUUGAUAAUUUCUAGGAAAGCAUAUUUAACUUUCACCUCACAGCCAUAUUUUGUAGUUUUACUAUGGUGUAGUGGUAUAGUGUUCUCUAUUGUUGUGUGGCACAUAUCUCCAAUCAGUUAAUGGUUUUAUUACAGGAACUUUAGUUAUACUCGACUCAUUUUCAGUUUUUAUUUAAAGACUGUUUCCUAUAAGGAAAUAAGUACAGGGUGAAUUUGCAUUUGAAGAUUCUACCCUUUACAGCUCCUGCAUUAUGCUCCUGUAAAGUCUAUAUUUUUCUUUUCACUGAAUGUCUACAGGUGGAUUGCACAAUAGAAAUGGAGCAAAUUUAAUUGUAUGAUGUUCCUGCAGUUCUCAUCUCCUUUUUAUACAUACUCCAACUAACAGCAGCUUGAAUUGAAUUUAUUGGUGGCAUUAUAGCCAAUUGCUUCCUCAUAAUCUGGGGGCAAAUUUUGAAACACAGGCUUCCUUUUUAUGUAUUGUACUGUACGAUAUAUGGUAUUUUGUAGAAAGAGGUAAUAAAAAAUCUUGAUUGCCUUCUCCACCUUGACUUUUUCUUGGGAAUGAAGGUGAACAUGAGGUCAGGCAUUUGUUUAGCUUAUCACAUGAUACUAUGCUAAAAAAAAAUUUUUCUUGUAACAUGACCUAUGUCAAGGGGGAUUGCAUACAAGAUAUAUAUAACACAAAGGGUAAAAUCGCCAAUUUUCCGUUUUCUGUGGAUUCCCCGAGGAUACAAUAGAAGCUACCAGAUGGUGAGAGCUUCUAAGACAAAGGGGACCUUGAAAUAGGUUUGGCGAGGGGUGGAAAAUGCGUAUUUUUUGUGUGAUGCUGCCUCACCGGGUGUGGCAGCAUCAGGAAAGAUAAGACGCGAAAUCCUUGGCCAGUGUAGAGUGGUAGACGAUUAUUAUAUUUUUUAUUUACUCAUAUACCCAAUUUAUAUAACAAAUUUUGUGUGCAAAUUAUUUGAUAGCUAAUUAGUGGUCAUUAUUUUGAUAAAUUUGGCAAAAAUCUAAAAAAAGCACAUGUUCUUUUUGAAUUAAAUUCAUUGAAGUGGGCUUUGAGAUGAACAAUUUUGUGUAUGAUUUAUUGAAAUUACCCAACAAUAUACAAAAAUUAAAUUACUUAGACUUUAAGUGCAAUUACAGUAUAUCUAAAGUCACUUUGGUGAGUUUGCCCUUUGUGCUAUAUAUCCCUAUAAUUUAACUUUAAUUUAAGUGCUUGUACACCAGACUGAAAUGAAAACGUGAACAUGUACUCAUUCAUCACUGUACAUACCACAAAAAGUGGACCUCUAAUGUUUGGACUAGGUAAGUACUGUAAUCAGUAAUAUUGUUGGUGUGACAUUGAUGUUGUAGGCAAGUUUCACUUCAGAUAAAAGAAGUGAUACUGUAUAAAGUAAAUUUUGCUGUAACUGUUAAGCAGUCCAUCUCAUUUUAUAGAGACUGUGGUAUGUAAAAUAAGUUCACAGUUAAAUACUGUAGUGGGUUUCAGUGAAGAAGGUUUUAUUGAAAGCACAAAUGUCUGACCAGUACCUCUUUUGGCCUAUAGAAUAACUAUUAUGAGUUUGUAAGUGUUACUAUGUUGUCUGACAUGUAUUUUGAUAACAUGUGGCUCUCCUCAUAAGAUCAAUGCUGUUGGCUGAAUUGACAACAAACCAAUAUACCAGAUUUGCAUAUAUUUUUUAAGUUCCACAUUGGCUUGCCUCAUAUAUAAUGUUUCACCAAUCAUUACAAGCUUAUGUAAUGUUUGAGUCAUUCCUCCUUAUAUACUGUACUGUUUAUCUUACAGGUUCGUUUUUCUUCAAACUUGGGGAUUAGUUUGAAUAUGAAAGCUGUAUUGAUGCAAUUUUGAUGUUGGCAUAUUAGUUUAAUGAUAUUACUGUAAAUGCUACUUUCUUUUGUGAGUUUAGGGAAAUUAUUUUCAGGAGUAUAUCAAAUUUUAUGGCAUUUCAUUUUGUUUAGUUGCAUUAUAAAUUGCUGUACAGUAUUGAUUCACUGAUUUGUAUUGGGGCUAUAAUUUAUAAAUGGGAAUAAACAAGAUACAAUAUAAA